AGAGAGAGAGAGAGAAGAGAGAGAGGGAGGCAUAUGAAAAAGGAAAGGUGGGUGUGGGAAGACUGGGUGUAGUGCUUCCCCAUUUGGUGACUGUCAGUGAAAACUGAGAGAAUCAAUCAAUCGCCCAAACCAAAAAAAGAUUUUUUUUUUCCUGAUGAAUUAGCUUGCUUUUUCCCUUAAUUGUCUUGGGUUCUUCAUCGUUUCUCUUUGGGUAGAAUACUUGACCAGACAGGCAAUCCUCAAGAUCUUGUUUCUCUCUCUCUCUCUCUCUCUCUCCCUUUCGCUUUCCCAUUUCUGGCCUCUUUCCGUGCCCCUCCACAUUCGUUCGAAAGCGUUCUUGAUUUUUUGCCUCUUUGGUUAGACCAGUUUUGAGGUCGAUUCUUGUCAACUUUUCUCCGCUUCUGGUUUACCCUUUUGUCCUCUUGUUUGUUUCGAGGACAAUUUCAGCUGAAGGAUAAAAGCUCUUUCUUGAAUCCAAUCAAAUCAAAAAGCCCGCAUCAAGCUCCACCUGGGGGCGUGUUGCUUGCUGGGUUGAAUCCUUGUUCGUUCUUCGAUCGGUGCUGGGAAAUUCUUGAUCCGCUGCAUCGAAUAUCAGUUCUUGCCUUUCGUCACUGAGAAAUCGCAUCCAUUAGGUUAAAAAAAAAAGAGGAAGAAGAAGCUGUUUUUGGGUUCAUGUCCAUAUUGAGAUGGUGAGAGGGAAGACCCUGAUGAGGCGCAUAGAGAACGCGACAAGCCGGCAAGUGACCUUCUCCAAGAGGCGGAACGGGCUGCUCAAGAAGGCCUUCGAGCUCUCGGUGCUUUGCGAUGCUGAGGUUGCGCUGAUCAUCUUCUCGCCGCGAGGCAAGCUGUAUGAGUUCGCAAGUUCCAGCAUGAACGAAACCAUAGAGCGGUACCACAGGCACACAAAGGACACAAGAACAGGCAGCAAAUCAGUGGAAGAAAAUAUGCAGCAUUUGAAGGACGAAGCUGCAAACAUGAUGAAGAAGAUCGAGCUCCUGGAAGACUCUCGAAGGAAGCUCCUUGGUGAAGGUCUAGGAUCGUGUUCGAUAGAGGAACUGCAACAGCUAGAACAGCAACUAGAACGGACCGUUAUCAGUAUUCGUGCUAGAAAGACUCAGGUCUUCAAGGAGCAGAUUGACAAGCUUAAAGAGAAGGAGAAGAUCUUAACAGCUGAGAACGCAAUCUUAACUGAGAAGUGUGGAAUCAAGCCCCCGCAGAGAGCGAAUGAGUGCAGGGAAAGUCCACUACUCAGAGAGAGCAGCCCGAGUUCAGAGGUGGAGACUGGUCUGUUCAUCGGGCCACCGGAGACCAGAGCGAGGCGCCCGCUGUUUCAGAAUUAACUAUAUAGCUUAGCCUCUCGAAGUUUCAAAAUGUCACGAGGCAAGGGGGUUCUCUCUCGUCUCCCUCUCUCCCCCCUUCUUCUCAGUAAAUUUCGACCACCACUGAAGUACUAUCCUAGUGCAAGCAAUAAAUUUAGAGCAUUAUCAACAUGGCCAUGUAUCAAUUCUGUUUCUUCGACCUGUGAUGAUAGGAUGACGAAGAGAAUUCGAUGUAUAAAUUAUUCAGAUAUCGCGAAUUUGUAUGCAUUUUUGUUUCCAAGAAAUACUGCAGAAACGAAAUGUAAGAUCGCAUACUUUUAAGUGAUGAUGUUGCUUUCUCC